UUGUUAUUUUAUGUAGGUUGCAGUUGAAUUAAACGCCAAGAUGUCCAUACCGAUAGCUCUAGUACAAUAUUGCUUGAGUUAGCUUAACUUGUAAUAGCUACGUGCUUCAAUAACGUUUGGGAUAACCCCAGCCCACUGUUUACGUUUGUGAAUGCUAUGAAAUUAAUGUAUCACCUCAUUUAACCCGGUAGAUGGCCCCUAAACCGUUUCAGUCGACGGCGAAGAGACUGUUCAAGGGACUCGUAAUACUAGAAGUGGUUGGUGUAAUUGGUGCCUAUGGUCUCUUUCACAAGAUGAACACAAGUCAAGAUUUCAGGAACAGCAUGAAUAGGAUGUUACCCUCCGUUUUGGAAGUUUACUACAAGUCCAACGAAAUGGCCGGGAUCUAUGGGAUCCGGGAGAGCGACACUGCAGCAUGGUCCACCGAGGAGUAGAGAGGCGUCUUCACGUCUCGGCCCCGGACCCAGUCGUCCCUCUUGGCCUCCCACUUGAGCUGCUUGACCCCUGUGGUAGCCGAGGAAGGAGGGGCGUUAAGAGGCUCUACUCAAGCAUCCAUAAACCACCCGGAUAUAUGAACUAGGCGCCGACUCGUUAUAUGUGAGAACAAUGUCAAAUAUAUUUAGCUAUAUGUGGGUUUUUGUUCAUUCCUGAGAGAUGUCAAGUAUGUGCUAUGUAAUAAAACAGUGGGGUCUGACGGGCACUGUGGUCCAACCUGCUGUGAGGAUUACCAUUGCUCCUGUUCCGUGGUGGACAGGUUGUUUCUGGUUAGCAUCUAGCCAUCCAAAUAAAAAUGUCUGCUUGGUGUA